AUGGCGGGAUGCACGAAAACGACAAACGGUUUCCGCUCCAUAAGUGCUAAAUUACCGGUAUUCAUUGUGCUACUUCUCUGUUUACCUCAUACAUCAGGAUACCAGGAUACGGGGAAUAAACAUCCCGUAACUGAUCUCCUGGAUGGAGAGCAGUACGCAAUGUCAGGGUCCAACAGGUUCUGUUACGAAAACUCUGUGGUUCCGAGUUGGAGGCAAUCAUGGACAAGAAUUCAGGUCAAAGUGUGGAGUUCAAACGUGUUUAAGGUGGAAACUGUGGCCGGUGAGGAGGAGCUGCAGGAGCUGGACCGCUUCAGUGUCUGGGGCUGGUUUCAGAGCUUGUUACGUGAACGGCACAAUGAAACCACGAUUAACAUCAAUCUGUUCAGCAAGAAGACUUGUUUCAAGAUCGAUCCUGCUGACAAAACAAAGUACAAUGUCAAGCCUCUUCGUAAGUUUGAUAUCUAUCUGUUUUUGGUUUUCCUCGCUGGAGUAUCUUUGUUUAUCUUUGCAGGAUCACUCAGCAGGAGUCAAGUUUUCUUCUACUCUGCUGGUAUGAGCACUGGCAUGAUUGCCUCACUCAUCAUCCUCUUUUUCAUUUUGGCACGCUUUUUGCCAAAGAAAAGCCCUUUUUAUAUCGUGAUUGUUGGCGGCUGGUCGUUUUCUUUGUACGCCAUCCAACUUGUCUUCAGGAACCUCGGCGUAAUUCUGCGAGAACACUGGAACGUGGCAUUAGGUUAUGUGGCGGUGGUGGGAUUCAUCACUUUUGCUGUGUGUUACCGUUACGGACCUCUGGUGGAUGCAAGGAGCAUUAACAUCUUGUCAUGGACGCUGCAGCUAUUUGGCCUUCUUUUGAUUUAUUUUGGGAUUCAAAUUCAGCAAGUUGCAUUCGCAAUCAUCGUGGCAGCUUUGUUCUCGAAACAUCUGGAGUACCCAGUCUUUCUGACAGUUGCGGCAUGGAGGAAAAUCAAAGGAUAUGUUCAUUGGAAGCCGGAACCACGUCGCCUGUUGACUGAUGAAGAGUAUCAAAAGCAAGGGGAGGAAGAGACUUUGCGUGCUCUGGAGAAGCUGAGGAAAAACUGCAACAGCCCAGAGUUCAGCCCAUGGAAGACCGUGUCCAGGCUUCAGUCACCAAAAAGGUUUGCUGAUUUCAUUGAAGGGUCUCCUCACUUGAUGUCGAAUGAGGUGUCUGGUCACGUGCAGGAAUACGGCUUUGGAGGAUCCUUUUUUGAGGAUGAGUUAUUUGACACGGACGACGACGAAGACGACAGUAUUAAGCCGAUGAUGAUGCAUAUGUAAGACUGCGUGUUAAGAGACGUACAAAACAGAAACAAUGAUGUCGUUGCCUUUCGGAAAUGUGGCCGGGGAACGGCUCUCCAUGGCUUCAAUGCAAACGUCCAGACUGAUUUAAGGGAUGACUGUGGAGUCUGGAUUAAGAAAACUCUGGAUUGUGACAUCGGUCAGAAGAAUAACCUUGAGUUCAGGCUCUAAACAAAAUAAGCAAGCAGAACAAUCUGGUCAGACCUGUUAUCCGCAUUAAAAAUGUCAACGUAUUGUAGUUUCAAAGAAUGUGCACUACAGCCAAAUCUCCUCUUUUUGUUUUUUAGGAAACAACGGCCUCUGUUAAAAUCGAGGUUGCAAAUAUCGAGACGAUUUGCGAUUAGGACCACGGUGGUCAAAAGCAAUUCAACUUUUUACUGUUUUGACUUUACCUUAGAAAAGGAUUUUAAGUUUUAGUUUUGGAAGCAUGUUGUGUUCACAGCCCUUAUACCUCAAUGGAUUCACCACAGCAAUGAGAGCGUUCAGAUGUCAUGUCCAGAACACCGUGGGAUACGUUCUCCCCUUUUUGAACUGCAGCGCGAUACAGUGGCUAUUAUUCUAUCUUUCUGCUCAGGGAGGAAAAGUGGGUUUAAGUUUGUAUUUCAGUGUUUUCCUUUUCAAUGGACACAAAUCAGUGUCCCCAAAGUAUUUUGAAUAAAAUUAUUCUUGAACUCUG